GGAAACAGCCACUUGUCAAGCUUGUUUUUAAUUGCAGAAAUUUUGGUUAGACGACUCCUUCUUAGUCAUCACUCGUGUUCUUCACAUGUCAGAUUCAUUUCCAGAAGAAUAAUUACAAGCUUUACCUCAUAUUCAGUAUUAUUCUUCUUCACGUUCUUUAAUCUCUUCGAGCAUUCCUUAAUGAUUAUCCAGGGUCAUGAGGUGCCAAAUGGAUGGCCUUUGGGGCUUGGAAGUAUGAACAUGAGACUUAGUGUUGAAGGUGUUGUGGAUGCAAGAGAACCGAGCACUUUUCAUGGUCCAUGUUCAAGCUUUUCUUCAUUUUCAUCAUCCAACUUAGACACCGAGUCAACGGUGUCGUUCUUUCAAGACAACAGUGUGUCUCUAGGUCGAUUAAUAGGAAUCAAACCACGAGACAAUAGAACCUUAUACUUUACAAGAGCAUCAUGCAUACCACCACAACAAAGAUCCCAAAGCUCCAAGGUACCAUCUAAUCAUCAUCAAAUUGAAAAUUCUCAUGGGGUUUGUGUUCCGAAUUUGUUGAACAUUUUAGUGAAGAUGAGUAGAAGUAAAAGCCACUCAAGAUAGUGAAUGAAGAAGUUGUGUUUCUUCAUCGUUGGUCAAUAUAUUUGAUCAUAUAAGGUUUUGGAUUCAAAUGUGUGAAAAUGUAGUUCAACCCUUGGUUGUAUGAUUUGUAUAGAUGAUAAGAUGCAAAUAAAUCAAAUAAUGAUGAAACACGCAAAAUGGAUGAUGAAAAUUGUGACCAAUAUGUUCGCUUUUUUUUUAAUAUAAUUUUACCAAGUGUGUAUUUAGUUUUUGUCAAUAAAU